AUGAACGAUCCCGGCCUUGAUGAGCCAGCCACAGAGGCAGCGCAAGAUGUAAACAACAGAUUAUGUUCCCCAUUACCCCGGCCCCGCUUCGCAUACGCUGACGAAUUCAGUCAAUGGUGGUUUGCGUCCACAGCGAGCCCCCUCAUAGCAGGAACAUUCGGGCCUAUCGCCAACGGAUUUUCGAUUUGCGCGCUGGUUGAAAAAUGGAGAGUGUAUAUUCCUCCUGGAAGCGAUGAGGGACAUGGAUCGAAGAUCACAGAUCCGAAAUGGCUUAUCGCGGUCAACUCAGUCUCUCUUGUCUUCGCUCUGAGCGCGAACAUCAGUCUGCUCCUCAACAUGUCAAGGAGACUGACUUUCGAAAUUGCGCAGCCUAUUACCAUCAUCGGCUUCUAUCUAGCUGGCUUCCUUCUGAUGGCGCUUGUAGCUGUCGCUUCAUCAUCCGUGUUUCGGAUCCAGCCUAUGGAAGAGCAUGCCUUGAGCCAAGCAUUCUACUACGCUAUUAUAGCUGCCGGCAUCUACUUUAUCAUCGCCUCUCUUAUGGCCUUUACUGCCUUCGGGGCGUACAAAGGGCACUACGCCAGGGAGUUUCGAUUGACAGCUAGUCAGAGGACGCUAAUGUUGCAGACUAUCGCCUUCAUAGUGUAUCUGCUUGUUGGCGCUCUGAUCUUCUCUUACGUAGAAAACUGGAUGUUCCUGGACGCCGUGUUCUGGGCCAACUUUACCCUCCUAACGAUAGGAUUCGGUGGAGAAUUUGUGCCUAAAACACACACUGGUCGCUCACUCUUGAUUCCGUAUGCAAUUGGUGGCUUAGUCACAGUUGGUUUGGUUAUUGGUUCCAUCCGAUCCCUCAUUCUAGAGCAUGGAAAACAAAAGAUGGCUGCUCGAUUCAUGGAAGUUAAGAGACAGAAGGUCCUCGAGUCUAUCGAUGGUGACACACAUACCAUACGCAUCUCAAUCUUUGAAAAGGUCAAUUUCUCUUCAAAAGGGUUGACAGAAGCUCAAAGACGAGAGCAAGAGUUUCGUAUAAUGCGGCGCGUUCAAACGUUGUCCGAGCGGAAGAGAAGAUAUACUGCAUUGGCUCUGUCAACCACUGCCGCACUUCUGUUAUGGUUUCUGGGCGCUCUGGUCUUCAUGUACUCGGAAAAGCCCCAGGGAUUUACCUACUUCGUGGCGCUAUACUACGCCUAUGUUUCUCUCCUCACAAUUGGUUACGGAGACUAUGUCGUCCAAAGCAAUGCCGGGAAAGCCUUCAUGGUGUUUUGGAGUUUGCUCGCAGUCCCAACACUGACGAUUCUUAUUUCGAACAUGGGUGAUACAGUUAUUAAGGCUUUCAAAGACUUUACUAUCUGGCUGGGUUCACUCACGGUCCUACCAGAUGAAGAAGGACUGAGCGCCGCACUUAAAGUCGGAUGGAGAAGGAUCAAAUCCGGCAAGAUCGGUGAAGAGGAAAGAGUGGGCUAUCAUGAGGGUCCUACCAGUCCAAAUGAACAACGCACUGAUGACCGCUUAGCAGCGUACCUUGAAGAGGAGGAGCUUGGAAAAGCACAGGAGGCGGACGAGCAUGGAGACUAUCUUGAGCGUGAUAUCCGAUUUUAUCACUUCGUUCUCGCAAAGGAGGUUCGGAAACUGAUGAAGGACGUUGAGAGUUCGUCGUCGAAACAGUACGAGUACCAUGAGUGGCAGUACUACUUGCGUUUAAUCGGUCAAGACGAAGAUGACGCUUCCAAACAUCGACAACCCAAAGCCAAUACUCGACACGACGACGGUGAGGCCCCUGAUAUCGGCUCUGCAGAUGACGGAAAGAAGCUCGCAUGGAGCUGGCUCGGCAUUCGCAGUCCGCUCAUGGGCAACCAAUCCGAGCCUCAGUGGUUGCUGCAAAGAUUAGCCAUGAAACUGGAGUCGGAGAUGCGCAAGAUGAGCUCACCUGACGAAGAAGUAAGAAAGACCAAGCCACCGAUCUCUAUGGCAGAGUUGAGAAAGAGAAAAGGCAGCGGAAAGACGUCGGACGAUGCGCAUACGUUGCAAGUAGACGUCGAGGCCUCGACAGUCGAUCGAUGCGCGAAGAAGGAAGAUUGA